UUGAAGUGAAUAAGUGCCAGCAGGUUAAACCAUUCCUAGAAAUGUUCUCCCGACUGCAGAUAACAUGGAUUCACAUAACAGAGACAUAGUUUAGUGGCAGCAAAUUAUGAAAUAUUUACAUCAGGGCUUGAAUUGUAGCAAAACAUCUGUUGCUAAAAUGGUGAAAAAAUAACCUAACCUCAAGUCUUUCUACAAUGUUACACAACAAUAAUACAUUUUAAAUCUUGUUUUCAGUGUAGGUUUAGAUUUUUUUUGUUCAAUCCCAUAUCAUGAAUCUCUGACCUGAGGCUGCAGCUUUCAAACCUGCUGCUAGACUCAACUUGCCCGACUCUUUCAGCCCUUUCUCUGCCUGUAGCAACACUUUCUCCGUAGAUUUGCAUGUAGCAUCAAAUCACAUCUAUAAUUGUAGGAUUGAAACAAGUGACGUUGUAGCUUUCUUAUGAUUCAAGCAUUAAUGAAGACAAAACCCAGUGUUUGCAGCAACCCGCCCACUGCAGGUAUGAGCUUCCUUUAAGACCUGUGAGGAGUUGAACAUUGCUGGAAAUGUGCACACCGUGUCCUUCCUGACCACGCGGCACACCCACACCUCGCAACCCGAAAGGACCAGGAUGGAAGAGUUUUAGAUCUGGAGCAGUCGGGAAUGGACAGACAAGCAAUGAAGAGGUUUUUCAGAGCCCAGAGGGACGAGGACUACAGUCAGAUCCAGUACCUGACCGCCAAAUGCACCCGCCUGGCUCAUGACAAGGCAGUGCUGGAAAGAGAAUUUCUGGUGUCCAGAGAGAAGGAGAGGAAGCUGCAGAAUGAACUGGACGCUGUGACCACUCGUCUCCUGCAGCAGGAGCAGCUGAACCUGGAGCUCAGGAUGAACCAGGACCAGCUCAUCUGCAGGAUCCGUCAGCAGCAGAACCUGGUGGACGUCCUGCAGCAACGGAUGGUCCUGCUGGCAGAGGAGAGUCGUCGGGAUGUGGAGCUGCUGCAGCAGGUCAACUCAGAGUUGGUGUGUCUGCAAAGCUCUGAGGUGCAGCUGGAGGGCCUGGUGGAGGAGCUGCACGCUGAGGCCCAGUGCCGAGCAGCGCUGACGGACAGACUGCAUGCAGAGCUGCGCAGUAAGCUGGUGCAGCUGAAGGAGCUGCAGGAAACCAACGACGGUCUGACAGAAGAGCUGAGGGAUCUCCGCAAAACUCAUCUGGAGGAGGUGAAGGAACUGCAGCAGGAGAAUAAAGGGAGCCUGAGUAAGUUGCAGGAGACGGCAGAGCAGUUCGAGUGGCUCUGUCAGCAACAGAAGUACUGGAUGCGUUGUGUCAAAAGGUUCAAAGACUGCCUGAUGGAGGAGAGACAAACUCUGCUGCAUCAGGUCAACACUUUGGAGAAGAAGGUUGGGCAACAGAAGAAGAGCUCACAUGAUGGCAGUCCAACACAGAGUCUCCUGCGCCCUCUAGAGGAAGCAGAGAGGCCUGGCAGUGUAACAUCAUUGGAUGCAGACGUGGUGACAGAUCUGGGUCCCCAGGUGGAAAACUCAAACAUGUUGUAUGAGGAGCUCAUUACUCAGGCGGGGAAUCCUAUCAGCAGAUACCAGGAACCUCCUUGUGGACUAAAGCCAUCCCAUCUUCUCCCACUUUCCUCAACUCAGAGGUUUUAACUACUACUGGAUGUUUGUGGAUUGCCUUCCAGUCUUUGUUUUAAAGAAACCAGACCUGCAUUGUUCUCCUUCCAGUAUUGUUCACUAAAACCCAUUCAUUAAGCUCCAGUUCCCUCCCCCUUCUUUUCUUACUGCUGUCCCAUAUGUGCAUCACAUGUGCUUAAAUUUGUCUGGUCACAUUUUUCCAGUAAUUGUCCAUUUUUCAAAACCUCGUAAUCAACACUGCUAAUAGGAGCACCUGAGAAUGUUCUCUUUUGUUGUUUGGCUCGUAAAUCCUCAGCUGGCGCACAGAGGACACAAACAAACACGCUUUUUUUACCGCACCAAAGCACCAUCACUGGGUUUUCUGUUUCCUUGUCACUCGGCUUUCUCUUGUGAGCAAUUAUCAGAAAAUCUGUAAAGUAAUUUGGUUUGGAUCAGCAGCGGCUCAUGUGUGAGAACCAUCUGAUGCACACAUGUUGCUAAAAAGGAACAAUAAAACUGCGCAAGAGAAAAACAAUAUUUCUGAUUCAUCAUGGAGAAAGUCAUCAAAUCCUUCACAUGUGUAGUAGUCCUUCAAUGUUGGCCGAUUUUUGACAUUUCUGUAUAAAUAUGAACUAAAACAUCGUCUGAGGUCGACAACAUUAAGAUCAAUGAAGCUCAAAUUAAACAAAUAUCUAUUUUUCACUGUUUUUGAGAAAGGUGAACACAUAAUUGUCCACUUUAUAUUUAAAUGGUUAAGUCAACAAUCUAAACAUCUUUCCCCAUUAAUCUAUAAUUUGCUAUACAUUAAAAAUCUCAGGGCUUAAUCUAGUCAUGCAUUACCCGAGAAAAUGUUCUGAAGAUGCAGAUAGAAACUAAUUUACUAUUAAUAAAGCAAAUCUAUUUAUACAAACAAAGCCUACUAUCCAUUUUGAUGCCCAUUUCUCCAUCAAAUAUAUUUUAUUUCACAACUUUUAGCAUAAUAAAGGCUGUAAGGCAGUUUUUAAUAACAUAUACUGUGGAUAAGGUCAAAUAUGAAAGAUAUUUUGAAACCUGGAUUUAAAAGAAAAUAUAAUCUCCCUG